CUGUACUGCAGUCACACGGCGCAUUCAGUGAGCGGGUUUGGAAGGCGCUCGAGCUCACUCAUCACCCAGCCUUAUCCCUCACCCCAGCACACAUCUCUGCUUUUACUGAAGAAAUCAUAUAAGUUAGCAAACAACACCAAGAUUUUCCAAGAAGCAUUUCUGGCAGUCCUGCACCGUGGAGGAAUAACAUCUCGGAUAUAUCCAUAAAGCCGAAAAGGAGGAGAGAGACAGAGAGAGAAAGAGAGACAGAGAGAGAGAGAGAGAGACAUGGCAACGACAACCUGUACACGCUUUACAGACGAAUACCAGCUUUAUGAAGAACUCGGAAAGGGAGCUUUUUCAGUUGUGCGGCGUUGUGUCAAGCUGUGCACAGGCCAAGAAUAUGCUGCCAAAAUAAUCAACACCAAAAAGCUCUCAGCUAGGGAUCACCAGAAGCUUGAACGUGAAGCUCGUAUUUGUCGUCUUCUCAAGCACCCCAACAUCGUCCGCCUCCAUGACAGUAUAUCAGAAGAAGGCUUCCACUACCUCCUGUUUGACUUGGUCACCGGUGGCGAGUUGUUUGAAGACAUUGUAGCGCGUGAAUAUUAUAGUGAAGCCGAUGCCAGUCACUGUAUCCAUCAGAUUCUAGACAGUGUCAAUCACAUUCACCAAAAUGACAUAGUGCACAGGGACCUGAAGCCAGAGAACCUGCUACUGGCCAGCAAAUGCAAGAAUGCGGCGGUGAAGUUAGCCGAUUUCGGGCUGGCCAUUGAAGUGCAAGGGGACCAGCAGGCAUGGUUUGGAUUCGCAGGCACACCAGGUUACCUGUCUCCUGAAGUGCUAAGGAAAGAGGCUUAUGGGAAACCUGUGGACAUUUGGGCUUGUGGUGUUAUCUUGUACAUUCUGCUUGUGGGCUACCCUCCAUUCUGGGAUGAGGACCAGCACAAACUCUACCAGCAGAUCAAAGCUGGAGCCUAUGAUUUUCCUUCUCCAGAGUGGGACACAGUCACCCCUGAAGCCAAGAACCUCAUUAACCAGAUGCUCACCAUCAACCCGGCCAAGAGAAUCACGGCACAGGAAGCUCUUAAACACCCAUGGGUCUGCCAACGCUCAACCGUGGCCUCCAUGAUGCACAGACAAGAGACAGUAGAGUGUCUGAAGAAGUUCAACGCCAGGAGAAAACUCAAGGGAGCCAUUCUCACCACCAUGCUGGUUUCACGCAACUUCUCUGUGGGCCGGCAGACCACAGCUCCGGCCGCGGUUUCGGCAGUGGCUGCUGCCGCUGCAGCUGGCAAUGCCGCCGGCCUGGUGGAACAAGCAGCCAAGAGCCUGCUUAACAAGAAGGCUGAUGUCAAGCCGCAGUCAAACAGCACGAAAAACAGCAUAGUCACCAGUCCCAAAGGGAACAUCCCCUCUCCUGCUCUGGAGGCUCAGACCACUGUUAUCCAUAACCCAGUGGAUGGGAUCAAGGAGUCCUCAGACAGCAGCAACACCACAAUCGAGGAUGAGGAUGUUAAAGGAAAAAGGGUAGACAGCAGCUCACUUAAGGCUGUCUCAGAGCGCAGCCGGUCGUCUCCAGGCUCUGCUGUCUUCUCACGCAAACAGGAGAUCAUUAAGAUCACAGAGCAGCUAAUUGAGGCUGUGAACAAUGGGGACUUCGAGGCCUACGCGAAGAUCUGCGACCCUGGACUGACUUCGUUUGAACCUGAGGCUUUGGGUAACCUAGUAGAGGGCAUGGACUUCCAUCGAUUCUACUUUGAGAACUUGCUGUCUAAGAACAGUAAGCCCAUCCACACCACUAUCCUGAACCCUCAUGUGCACCUGAUUGGUGAGGAUGCCGCUUGCAUCGCCUACAUCCGCCUUACUCAAUUUGUGGAUGGCCAGGGCCGGCCGCGCAGCAGCCAGUCAGAGGAGACUCGUGUGUGGCAUCGCCGCGACUCCAAAUGGCAGAAUGUGCACUUCCACUGCUCGGGCGCUCCUGCUGCCCCACUCCAGUGAAGAGUGGGACGGCAGCGGGACGUGGUUUGAAACUUGGGGAGAAGAAUGAGAGGGAGGAUCAGCGGGGGACGGCAGGAAAGUCCAGCAUUGGAGAGCUCGAGCUUUCAGCCUUCCAGUUCUGGUCACAGCCGUCCACGUCUGCAUGCAAAACCUAUCCCUGUGUCUCCACCUACUGGACUGCUCUACCACAGUUCCACACAUCCUGCCACACCUCCCCUUUACCCUAAACCUUCAAAACAUGACACAACAUAGGCACCUGGGGUACACACACACUUACACACAUAACCACUUAGGACAAGAUUCAAGUUACUGACACAGCCAUCAGUCCAGGAGAGUGAGCACAGACUCUAGGUUCAGUGUUAUAGCCUGUGCGAUGCCUUUUUAUCCCCACAACCCCCUUCUCCCUGCCUCACUCUCGUCUCCAUUGGCCUUAUGACCUGUGUGCCCAGGCACUCCUCACUAUAAUAGAUCACGUGUUCAUGAAGUACUAUAUCAGCAUUAUUAUUAUUAUUAUUAUUAUUAUUAUUAAUAAUAUUAUUAUUAUUCUGAUUGUUGUAAUGGCUACUACUUUUUAUUAUUACUACUUCUAUCAUUUUAAGUAUCGAUGUUGUUCUAUCGUUUAUUUAGUUGCAAAAAAAAAGUAUAAAUAUUGAUGUAAAUCGAUUUGAAACGGUUAAUCCUGAGAGCAAGGAUUCUUUGUUUUAUCUAGUGCCGGUUUUAUUUGUUGAUUUCAAGUCAAAUGAAGUUUACUUCGGCAGCAUGGCGCUGGCAUGAAUGCGUGACUACUCAUUACAGUAUACAUUACACGAGAGGACGACACAGUUCAAACAGAUGCUGAACAUCUGUUUCACGUCCCAGCAGCUCGGUGACUAUCGUCUGUGGUCACAUUGUACGUCUUAACUGAUAUCCCUGCGUUUUUAUUGAGUCUGCUGAGACAAGCUAUAUAUACAAAUAUAUAAA